AUGUCUAUUGACAAAUCAUGGCCGGGAUACAACAAGGGCAUUGAGCCUGACGAUGGCUUCGAAUGGAUCUGGCAAGAAGCUAUUCCAGCUGAUCUGCCGGGUCGAGAUCCUUUCGUUGUCUACAUCCCCCUGGGGUACGAGAAGAGAGUCUUACCAAAGGGCUGGAAGAAGACACCCGAGAACAAGGCCUUAGAGCUUGAUAUUAUCUUUGAGAAGGACGUUGAGUUCGUGAUGCGAGAUGGUGUCAAAUUGUACGCCGACAUCUAUCGGCCAGCGGAUACGGCUGGGCAGAAGAUUCCGGUCAUCAUGCCAUACUCUCCGUACGGAAAGGGCGGAGGUGGGGCCAAUUUGAUGGACGUUGUCCCAUAUCGUGUUGGCGUCCCAAAAAGCCGUCAAAGCGGGCUGGAAAAGUUCGAAGGCCCCGAUCCGAAUGAAUGGUGCAGACGAGGUUACGCCAUCCUGGAUCCCAAUGCCCGAGGUUCUUUCGACAGUGAGGGCAAUCUACAUUACUUUGGAAGAAAAGAAGGUGAAGACUGCCACGAUCUCAUCGAAGCCGCAGCAAAUUUCGAAUGGUGCAACGGCAGCGUUGGGAUGGCUGGCAAUUCCUGGCUCGGGAUUGCACAGUACUGGGCAGCUAUGGAGCAGCCGCCUUCGCUAAAGGCCAUUGCUCCAUGGGAAGGAUUCAGCGACGUUUACCGCGAGCAGAGUCGUCGCGGGGGCAUCCCGUGGUCGCCAUUCUUGCGGUGGGUCCUCAUGGGAAUUCCAGGCCGCGGUCUCCAAGAAAACGCCGUGGCAAUUAGUGAGAGCCGAGAAUAUUGGGAUCCUUACUGGGAAUCGAAGAGGGUUGAUUUUAGCAAGAUCAAAAUUCCAUCCUAUGUGCUCGCGUCUUAUUCGUCUAUGCUGCACACGAUGGGGUCCAUCCGAGCCUUUAAAGAGAUUAACUGUGAUGAGAAGUGGUUGCGGUUCCACCCUCAUCAAGAAUGGUAUGAAGAUUACCUGCAUACUUCGGUAGACGACUUGGAUCGAUUUUUCGAGAGAUAUUUGAAAGGCAAACACAACGGCUGGGAAGCAACUCCGAAAGUUCGCGUUUCCAUGUACCGGUACGGCGAGAACUAUCCUGUCUACGAUCAAGUCGAAGAAGAUUAUCCAAUACCGCGAACCCAGUACACCAAGUUGUACCUGAGCUCGGCGAAAACGUUGCAGGAUGCGCCCAGCCCCACAGAGGCAGUGCACUCGUAUGAUUCAACCACCAAGGGCAUGAUAACGUAUGAUUUUAUUUUCCAAGAGCGGACCGCGCUGGCCGGGUACUCGAAGCUGCGGAUUUUCGUAUCGUGCAAGGAACACAAUGACCUCGACAUCUAUGUCAUGCUGCGUAAAAUGUCCGUCGAUGGCGAGCUCAUGGAACAAUCCAACGUGCCCCUCCAUGAGUUGCCUCCAUCCGUCAGAUCGGUUAAAGAUGUUGCUAAUGUCAACCCGACCAAGUACCUAGGACCGACUGGCAUGUUGAGGGCCUCCCAUCGCGCAACGGACCCAGCCAAGACCACAGAGUACCUUCCAUUCCACCCGCACCUAAAGCCGGAUUAUGUCACUCCCGGCGACGUGGUGCCACUAGAUCUCGGGAUAUGGCCGAUGGGAAUCGUCUUUGAAAAGGGUGAAGGACUGCGGUUGCAGAUUUCCGGCAAGACGAUGGUGUUACCAGAGUGGGACAACCCGCAUGUCGCGCAUGCGGAACCGAAAUUCAACAAAGGUUUCCACAACGUGCAUCUGGGGGGGAAAUAUGCGGACAGCUUUUUGUUGGUUCCGAAAUUAUAG